AUGCUGGCGCUGCUACUGCCAUUGCCCGAGGCGAGACAUGUGCAUGGCAACGGCCAACACAUCGCCUCCCCCUCCCCCCUCUUCAUCGGCAACCACAACCCCAACUCCGAUUCAGGAAUUGACAGUGCGGCUGCCAACGAUGACGAUGUGCUGCCCGCCUGGCAUGCGAACCCAUUUCAUGACUUGGAGCAAAGCUUCGGUCAGGCUAGCUACGAUAUGGACAGCAGUAUUAGCAGCAUUGGCAGCAGCAGCGACAGCGACAGCGGCAGCAGCAGCAGCAGCGACGAAUUCGUACGCGCUAUUUGGCGCAUGCUGCGCCGCCAGCGUCUACGUCACAGACGCAGUCACAACUUGCGGUACUUCACCAAUCCUGAUACUGCACCCGAAUGGGAGAAUCCAUGCGGCGGCGUCUAUCAGCCGAUCGCACCGAAGGCGGGCGCCAAUGCCUCCUCGGGCCAAGGACGCGUAAUCAAACGCAAGCACCUGGAAGUCCUGAUGAACAACGUGAAGCAGGAGCACCAAUUUAUGCAGCGCACCGCACGCAUUGCCUACGAAGAGUUCCAGCCCUGGGCGAAUGAGUACAAAUUCCUGCCCAACAUGACGCGAAACACAAAUCCGGUGAAACUAAAGACUUGGUACCGCAACAUGCAGACCUUCGUGGCCAGCUUCGCAUACCUUGGACGCUCUCAGUACAAGUACCGCAAACAGCACCAGCAGCGCCUCAGCGAGAGCACCCUGGAGCUGCAUGAGCUGCUUCUGAGCGCUCGUCGAGUCCUCUGCGACAUUGAGACGACGAUCAACGCGAGCUACCCGAACACCAAUGAGGACAAACUGACGACGGUUAGCAGAGCGACCAUGCUGGAGCGCUUGCACCUGCACACGCUGGCCAAUGGCGAGGGCGCCGAGGAUGCCGACGAACGCGAUCUGCAAAUCACAAAGCAGCUCUACUUCCAGUACUUGGACAACACGUGGAAGACCCUUCGUCGCACCCUACGCAAGUCCCAAAGGCACAGCAUGGAGCGAAAACAGAAAUCGGCGCAAGCGGCAGCGAGGGCGGCUUCUUUCUCGCGCUCAUCUGCGGCGGGAUCUUCGUCCCGAUCGGCGGAGAGCGGAGACAGCUCGAGCAUUGUCAUCAGCGGGGAAGCCCUGAAAUAA